UCCACAACCCAACUUGUCACAUCCCUUCCAUUUGCACGGUUACGGUUUCAGUGUAGUGGGUAUUGGUCGUUCGCCCGAUACUAAUGUCAAGAAGAUUAACUUGAAACAUGCCUUGGAUUUGGAUAGACGUGGUCUCUUGCACAGACAAUACAAUUUGCCACCCACCAAAGAUACCAUUGCGGUGCCAAACAAUGGUUAUGUGGUACUAAGAUUUAGAGCUGAUAAUCCUGGUUUCUGGCUAUUCCAUUGUCAUUUCUUGUUCCAUAUUGUUAUUGGUAUGAAUUUGAUUUUGCAAGUGGGUACAAAUGCCGAUUUGCCACCAAUACCACCAGGUUUCCCCACAUGUGGUGAUCACACGCCUCCUAUACCUAUUAAUUAAAUACUUUAAUUAAACUAAUUAAAACUACCAAUUAAAACAAAAAAAAAACUUAUAACAACACAAAAACUAAACUAAAUAACAACUAAUAGGUGUUAGAGAAAAUGAUUGACAACAAAUAAGAUUUUC